AUGAUGUUCACCAAGACUUUCGGCCUGGCUGCCCUCUUCACCAGCAUUGCCUCCGCCCUCCCCCAGGACAUGAUGGUCCGCCGCGAAGGCAUGGUCGCCCGUGACGGCGGCGGCGGCGUCAAGAUCACCAACAACCUCCAGCAAGACGUCUACGCCUGGUCCGUGGCCGGUGACGUCGGCCCCAUGCAAACCAUCAAGAGCGGUGGUGGCAUCUACUCCGAGGACUGGCGCACCAACCCCAAUGGCGGUGGUAUCUCCAUCAAGCUGGCCCUCGACCAGGAGCAGCACGAUGUCCUCCAGUUCGAGUACACCCAGUCCGACGACAAGAUCUUCUGGGACCUGUCUUGCAUUGACAUGGAGUCCGGUAACAAGUUCACCGAUAAGGGCUUCUCUGUUCAGCCUUCCCAGGAGGACUCUUCUUGCCCCAAGGCUAUCUGCAAGGCUGGUGACAAGGCUUGCUCUGCUGCUUACCUCCAGCCUACCGAUGACCAUGCCACUCACGGCUGCCCUAUCAACACUGCUCUUGAUCUGGCUAUCGGUGCCUAA